UAGAUAAGAGCGACCAGGUGAAGCUCCACGUUGUGAGCAAUGAUUUGAGCCACGUCGGUCAGCUGUCGGGCUUUGCUAAAUUGGUGCACGCAGCAUCAGGUACACGCUGCACCAUCCUGUAAUUGACGUUCGCGAUGAAAGGAAGCGCAAUUCUCGGGGGCUGCUUGCUUGUGCUGUUCAGCUUGCUGGGCAGCGGCGUGAGCGACGACAGGCCUCUGGUCACCAUCAGGCAAGGCCAGCUCAGGGGAAAGAUAUUAAAAACCAGAUCGGGUAACGACAUUUACACGUUUCUCGGAAUCCCCUACGCCAAGCCGCCGGUGAAGGAACUCAGAUUUCAGCCCCCCGUUCCUGCGGAACCUUGGGAGGGCAUUUACGAUGCCACAAAGAAUAGGAGCCGCUGUGCCCAACUCAAAUACCCCGACAUGGCGUAUGUUGGAAAAGAAGAUUGCCUCUUCAUCAACGUGUAUUCAACGAAACUGCCACAGGAAAACGAAAAAGUGCUUGCGCCAGUAAUUUUCUUUAUUCACGGAGGAUUGUUCGUGCAAAGCAACGGCAACAUUGAAAAAUACAAUCCGUCGCUGCUCCUGGAUGGAGAGCCUGGAAACUCUUUGUUUGUAACUUUUAACUACCGCCUUGGCGCACUUGGCUUCCUCAGCACUGAGAGUGCAGAUUGUCCAGGCAACUUUGGGCUGAAAGAUCAAGUGCAAGCUCUGAAAUGGGUGAAGGAAAAUAUUGCUGCCUUUGGUGGAAAUCCAGAUAAAGUCACCAUUAUGGGCGAUAAUGCAGGCGCCGUCAGCGCGCACUUGCACAUGAUGUCUCCCUUAUCCAAAGGGCUAUUCCACGCGGCAAUUUCCCAAAGUGGAAACGCGCUCACCCACUGGGCUUGGAACCGCGACCCAAUCGGCCGCACUCAUCGACUCGCCGAGCUGCUCGAAUGCGGAGAUAACACGACAAGCAAUCAUGAUAUUCUGAAAUGCAUGAGAGCCAAACCUACGGAGCUCGUGGUGAAGAAAGCACACGUCGUCUUGCAAUGGAGGACAGACUGGAUAAUGACCUUUGUCCCGGUGGUUGAAGACUUUGAAAUGACUGAUGGCACUGCCUUCUUGACCGAACACCCUAGAGAACUGAUGCAGAAAAACGCAUUCCAUCCGGUGCCUUGGAUGGUCAGCGUUACUUCUCACGACGGACUGCCUCAUUCUUUGAACCUACUUCUGUUCGGAGGAAUCAUGCACGAUCUGAAUCACGAGUUUGAAACAUACUUCCCUUAUUAUUUCGAACUGGAUGGCGAAAUGGACAGAGCGGUUGAGGCCUCCAAACUCAUCAGGGAAUAUUACAUGAAGGGCGCUUCGUUUAACAUGGGUGCCCAGUUGGAGCUUGCCAAACUUCACACAGAUUAUUAUUACUUCGUGCCCCUCGUUAAAUCUGUUGCGCUUCACGUGAUGGCAGACGCGCCGCCGGUUUAUGUGUACCACUUUUCUUUCCAGAACAGGCACAACAGAAUCGCAAUCGGCGUGCCUCAGGGCGACGAUACGCAGUACAUUCUCUUUAAGGAAGAUGGAGGGAGACUCGCUGCAAAGGAUGGCAGUAUUGAAAUGGAAAUUGCCCAGAGGCUGAUAGCACUGAUUAAAAAUUUCAUCACCCAUGGCGAGCCCAUCCCGAAAGGAGAUGACUCAUUUGGUGUGCAGUGGCCGCCAGCAGACAUGAAGAAGCUGAACUUCAUCGAUUUUAACAAGAAAUUAACUCUGAAUGACACAUUCUACAAUGACCGAAUCGCUUUUUGGAAUGGAAUAGAUGACUUACUUUCUACUGGGCAGAGUGUCCUCACGGAUGGUCCUGAAGAUCCUAAUGCUAAAGAUGAGCUGUGAGAAAAGAAAGUGCUCAAAUUGUUCUGUUUGUUUAAAGAGUUGACUUCAAUAUUAUUGUUUUAAAACGCCAAAUGUUGAGAUUUUUAUAAUUUUCUAUAAAAAUUAGAACAAUUUUAAACAAA